AAGAACACCAUGUCCACAUGGCCAUUUCCUUCUCCGUGCAAUUCACAACACUCUCUUCAUAUCACAACUAACACACUGUUACCGCCAUACAAUACUAAUCUUCUCUUCUCUUUCGAUUUUAGGGUUCACUCUUCCAAAUGGAUUCCGAUUCAUGGAUCUCUUCACGCCGCUACCAUUCUCGAUCAGAUCUGUAUCUUACUGGACAUGACGAUGCUGAACCAGGCGGUGGCGAUGAUUUAAGGGCUGAAUUUCUUUGCCCUUUCUGUGCUGAAGAUUACGACGUCGUUUCUCUCUGUUGCCACAUUGAUGAGGAACAUCCUAUUCAAGCUAACACCGGGGUGUGUCCUGCUUGUGGGCAAAAGGUGGGAGUGAAUCUUGCUGGACAUCUCAUCAAGCAACAUGCAACGUUUUUAAAAGUGCCGCGUAUAAGGAGGGUCAGGAAAGGAGUCUCUAACUCAACAUUAUUUAGAAAAGAGUUGAGGGAAGGAUCAUUGCACUCCCUUCAUGGAGGUUCUUCGUACACGACUUCCUCCGAUUCCGAAUCUGAUAUUUUGUUGUCAUCAUUUAUUUCUAACCCAGUUAUAGGUGAUGAAGCUGUGAGUGUACAACCCAGUCCUUCCAAUGAGGUUGCCCCAGUAAAAGAAAGCUCAAAAGAUGAUUUCUUGGAAAGAAAAUCACAGCAGCUACAGCUUUCAAACGAGGAUCGAGUAGAGAAGGCUCGAAGGUUUGAUUUCUUGCAAGGGCUGCUGUUGUCCACAAUUCUGGACGAUAAAUUAUGACCGCAAUUGUAGCUGGUAUAUUGUAAUAGGAGCAGGAGCUGAUCGCGAGGGAAGAGUUUGUUUGAGUUACAAAAUGGCAGUAGCUAGAUCGGAUAAAUAUGUAAUGAAUGUAUCUAUAGUUUAUGUUCAUAGAAUGUAAAGAAACCUUUUUCGGGUAAAUAUGUAAUGAACGUAUCCAUUGUUAGGUCCAUCUAAUAUUAGAAAGUUGACUUUUGUACCCCCUAAAUUAACUCUGUACCCUCUCAUUUAAAAAUUUUAUUUUUAAA